AUGCCUCUCUUCGGUCGUCGUGAACCUUCCCCAGAGCCCAUCCGCGAGGAACCUCGCAAACACGGCCUUUUCUCCUCAAAGUCCAAGCACGAGCCCGCACCCACCCACGCCUCUACCUCCCGCCACAACCGUCACUCCCGUGGUUCAUCAUCCUCCUACGACCACCGCUACUCAUCCUCAUCAUCCCGCUCUCCCGACCGUCGCAGAAGCAGCGGCGGUGGCUUCCUGUCCAAGUUCGGCGGUAACCGCAACCAAGACGAUCCCGCCGUUCUUGAUGCAAGGGAGCGCGUUCGCAGCGCCGAGAUGGCAGAGCGCGAAGCUGAUCGUGCGCUUGAGGAGGCGAGAAUUAGUGCUAGGGAGGCUAGGGAGCAGGUCAAGAGACUUGAGAUUGAGUCCAAGGAAGAUUCUAGACGGGCUAAGAUGAAGGAGAGUCAGGCUAAGGAGAUGUCCAAGAUGGGACGCAAGAUUGGACGUCAUGGCUACUAA